AUGGCCUCCCGGUACGCCGGUCUCCUGCUCAUGGGCGUCUACUCGGUUAGCAUGCCCCUGUCGCUGGCAAUGGUUGCCUCGAAUAUCGGCGGCUUCAGUAAGCGGGCAACUGUCAGCGCGAUCUAUUUCGUUAUGUAUUGCGCGGGGAAUAUCGUUGGGCCGCAGUUGUUUUUUGAGCAUGAGGCGCCGAGGUAUCAGAGUGGAUUUCAGGCGGUCAUUGUUUGUUUUGUGGUUGUGGUGGUGGUGGCUCUUCUGUUGGGGGUGUAUUUGCGGUGGGAGAAUCGGAGGAGAGAUAGGGUUGCUGGUCCUGUUGAGGAUGCUGAGAAGCCCACGGAGUUGGUGGAUAUUACUGAUCUGAGGAAUAUGCAGUUCAGAUAUGUAUACUAG